AUGCCAUGUGAUUGUGCUGCGCUGGUGCCUAAAGCCUUGGCGUCGUGCGCGCUGGCGCCGUGCGCGCUGGCGCCGUGCGCGCUGGCGCCUUGCGCGCUGGCGCCGUUCGCGCUGGCGCCUUGCGCACUGGCGCCUUGCGCGCUGGCGCCUAACGCGCUGGCGCCUUGCGCGCUGGCGCCUAACGCACUGGCGCCUAUCGCGCUGGCGUCUUGCGCGCUGGCGUCUUGCGCGCUGGCGCCGUGCGCGCUGGCGCCGUGCGCGCUGGCGCCGUGCGCGCUGGCGCCGUGCGCGCUGGCGCCGUGCGCGCUGGCGCCUUGCGCGCUGGCGCCUUGA